AUGCGCUUGUUAUUCCCAGGUCCAUCGAUCCAUUCCCCGAGUCAAAGAUCCAGACUAUUGAGAUCAAUCCAAUCCGUUGAUCAAUCAAUCAUAGCCAUCGAUUCCGUAUGGAUUCAUCUUAUCCAUAGCUCAUCCGAAUCAUCCGCCAGUCUACUCUCUACACCUUCCGAGACAGUUUCUCAAAUUCUGUCAAGCCUAUUGAACUAUGGUGAAGAUUACGCUCUUCCGGAAACACGCCAACGUUUACAUGAGUUACUCUCAUUACCAAUUGGCUCUCGGAUACCUAAUGGGUUCAUGGUCGCUUCACGACCUGGUACACUUCCUCCUUGGUCUUCAAAAGCAACAGAUAUUGCUAGAAUUUGUAAACUUUCGGAACAUGUUACUCGAAUUGAACGAAUCGGAGUUUUCCUUUUCACCACAGCUGAUGGAAGCCAGAAAUUGAUCAACACCGAAUGGCUCAACUCAAUUGGCCAUUUGGUCUCUGAUAGAAUGACUCAGAUCUGUAUACCGACCCUCCUAUCUGCUCAACCUACCAAUGAUACUGGAAAUCUUGAAAGGAAAUUAUUAAAGUCCAUCGAACUCUCUCAGACGGACUCAAGUGGAAAUUCAUCAUCUCAACUUGACUUUGCACGUACUCAAUUGCAAAGUGCCAAUCAGGAACUUGGAUUAGCUUUGGCAAUCGAUGAAGUUGACUAUCUUGCUAAUGCCUUCACCUCUGAAGCCAGUCAAGAAGGCACCACAAGGCGUAAUCCAACAGACGUAGAGCUCUUUAUGUUCGCACAAGUCAACUCUGAACAUUGUCGACACAAAAUCUUCAAUGCCAAUUGGACCUUGAAUGAUGUUUCCCAAGAUCAAACACUUUUCGGAAUGAUUCGAAAUACACAUGCCAAGCAACCUGCGCAUACUCUUUCUGCUUAUCACGAUAAUGCUGCGGUUGUAGACGGUCCUGUCGCACCUCGCUUUGCGCUCUUUCGGGACAACCCAGAUGAACCUCUACAUUCUCAAUCAUAUUCAUCUCGACUUCAACCAAUGCCUUAUCUCAUCAAGGUUGAAACUCAUAAUCAUCCAACUGCAGUUUCACCCUACGAAGGUGCAGCAACUGGCUCCGGUGGUGAGAUCAGAGACGAAGGUGCUGUGGGUAGAGGCUCCAAGCCGAAGGCUGGUCUAGCCGGAUUCUCUGUCUCUAAUUUGCGGAUCCCUGGUCAUAUCCAACCUUGGGAAACAGAAGACUUUGGUAGACCUGGUCAUAUCGCUAGUAGUAUUGAUAUCAUGUUAGAGGCUCCUCUCGGGUCAAGCGCUUACAAUAACGAAUUCGGUCGACCUGCUCUCUGUGGCUAUUUCCGUACAUUCUCUCAACGAGUUCCAGCCCUAACCGUACCCAACGCCUCGUCAGCUACUAAAUCAACUGAGGUACGAGGGUUUCACAAACCUAUCAUGAUUGCUGGUGGCUUGGGAAACGUGCGUCCUGAGUUCAUUCAGAAGCGCAAGUUGAAGCCAAACUCCAAAAUCAUAGUUUCGGGUGGACCCGGGAUGCUCAUCGGUUUAGGUGGAGGUGCUGCUUCUUCUAUUCAAUCAGGUUCUAGUUCAGUUGAACUUGACUUUGCGUCUGUUCAGAGAGAGAAUGCCGAAAUUGAGCGUCGAUGUCAAGAGGUGAUCGAUUCUUGCGCCAAUCUACCCCCCGAUCUCAAUCCAAUCGAUAGUAUUCACGAUGUUGGUGCAGGUGGCUUGAGCAACGCGCUUCCUGAAUUGGUACACGAUAGCGGUCUGGGUGGCAAGUUUGAAAUCCGUGACAUUCAUGUCGAUGACGAAACUAUGAGUCCUAUGGAGAUCUGGUGCAAUGAAAGUCAAGAACGAUAUGUCAUUGGUCUCUCACCCGAUGAAAAUGCUUUGAAGACCUUUGAAUCUAUUGCCAAGCGAGAACGAUGUCCUUACUCAGUUGUUGGUAUCACUACUGAAACUCAAGAACUAAUUGUCACUGAUCGAUUAUUCAACAAUACUCCAGUUCAUCUCAGUAUGCACACUCUGUUCGGAAAGCCACCAAAAAUUAAUCGAUCUUCCAAGACAGAUCGUCCAUUACUGUCCCCUCUUGAAUUCACUGCCCAUCUUCGACCUGGUGCGACUGUCACUGACGCCAUUGAAGAGAGUUUGAAUCGAGUCUUGAGGCUGCCAUCCGUUGGUAGUAAAAACUUUCUGAUUACCAUCGGAGAUCGAAGUGUAACCGGAUUGGUGACGCGAGAUCAGAUGAUCGGACCAUAUCAGGUUCCUGUCGCCGAUGUAGCUGUCACGCGUACCGCCCACGGCUUUGAUGUAAUUACAGGCGAGGCAAUGGCUAUGGGAGAACGCUCACCUUUAAGUUUGAUAUCAGCUGCCAGCUCAGCUCGAAUGGCAGUAACAGAAUCCUUGACAAACUUGAUCGCCUCUGAUAUCGUCUCACUUGAACAUGUCAAACUAAGUGCAAACUGGAUGUGUUCAGCAAACCAUGGUAACGACGGUGCAAGGUUGUUUGAAGCGGUUGAAGCUAGCAUCAGUAUCCCAGUAGGCAAAGAUUCAAUGUCGAUGAAGAUGAAAUGGAAUGAAGAUGGAAAAGAUCAGGAGGUCACUGCCCCAUUAUCAUUGAUAGUGACUGCCUUUAGUGAAGUUCAAUCAGUCGAGCGUACUUGGACACCUGAAUUGAAACAGACCUCAACACCCUCAGUUCUUCUGUUAGUGGAUUUAUCCAACGGCAAGCGUCGAUGUGGCGGAUCUGCCAUCGCACAAGUCUUCAAUCAAUUGGGAGAUGAGUCCCCUGACGUCGAUGCCGCUCACUUGAAAAGUUUCAUCAAUGGCUGUAUUCAAUUACAUCGACAUUCGAAGAAACCUAUACUCGCCUACCACGAUCGAUCAGAUGGAGGCUUGUUGACCACCUGUCUUGAGAUGAGCUUUGCUGGUAGACUGGGGAUUAACCUUGCGCUUGACACAUCACAAGAUCCUCAAGAAGUCCUCGAACAGCUUUUCUGUGAGGAGGCAGGCUGUGUCUUUCAAUGCUUGGAGUCAUCUAUCACAGAUGUGACCGAGGAAUUCCUCAAAGCUGGUCUUCCCUCAUCCUGCUUGAAGGUUAUCGGUCAAGUCUUGGAGCCAACAACUGGAACUGAUCAGAUCAUUUCUAUUCAUCAAAGUCAAGACGGUAAACAGAUUUGGACAUCGACACGUUCUAGGCUUCAAUCAAUCUGGUCAGAAACUUCCUACCAAAUGCAAUCUAUUCGAGAUAAUCCAGAAUGUGCCAAAGAAGAAUUUGACCAAAUCGCCAAUCUUGAAGAUCGAGGAUUGUUUUACUCGCUUCCAUCAUCAUUUUCAUUUGAUCUAUCAAAGAGCUCUUUGAAUGAUCGUCCAAAGGUUGCGAUCUUGAGAGAUCAGGGUGUAAAUGGACAUCUCGAGAUGGCUUAUGCCUUCACUGCUGCUGGUUUCAAUGCUAUCGAUCUUCAUAUGACUGAUAUCAUUGGUGGAAGAGUUGAUUUGAGCGUCUUUCGUGGUUUAGUAGCUGUUGGUGGGUUUAGUUAUGGCGAUGUAUUAGGAUCAGGUAGCGGAUGGUCAAAGUCAAUUAUCCUUCACAAUGAAACCAAGAAAGAGUUCGCUAAAUUUUUUGACAGACCUGAAACCUUUACAUUAGGAGUUUGUAAUGGAUGUCAAAUGUUAACAAAUCUUGUUGAAAUAUUACCAAAGAAUUCUGAUUCAGAAAAAUCAAUUGAUCAAGUUUGGCCGAAAAUGAAACGAAACAAGAGUGGAAGAUUUGAAGCAAGAGUAUCAAUGGUAAAUAUACCUUUUAAUGAACUUAAUUCCAAAUCGGUCUUUUUACGAAACUUGCAAGGUUCUAGUCUUCCAAUUGCAGUUUCACAUGGAGAAGGCAGAGUAGAUUUCAGUCAUCUAGAAGGUACUUCAAGUUUACAACCAGCACUACAAUAUAUAAAUCGAAUUGACUCUCAACCAACAGAAUCUUAUCCAUCUAAUCCAAACGGUAGUCUUCAUGGUAUCACAGGAUUUCAUGCAGCUGAUGGUCGAAUCUUAGCUCUUAUGCCUCAUCCUGAACGUGUUAUUACUACGGAAUCUAAUUCUUGGAUUUCUGAUGAGGUUAAAGAUCAACUUGGUAGAGUUGGUCCUUGGUUUAAGAUGUUUCAAGAUUGUAGAGCUUGGUGUGCUUGA